GCUUUGGCCGCCCCGUGGCUGCCGGCGGGGACUCGCUGUCCCGGCGCGCCGCUGGCCGUGGGCGGAGCGGUAGAGGCGGGCGAGCCGGGAGGCUGCUGUGGAAGACGCUGGGCCCGUGCGGUGUCGGGGCUGCAGGAAGACUUACAGAGCCUGUUUGAGCAAGACCAGGAUGGAAGAGCCCAAUGGGGACCUUCCCAUGCGGAGAGACGCCGUCCUCUCCGAGUCGUGCUGUGAUCAUGCUGUGACAAACCUGUGAGUGGUGUGGUGUAAGGGCCAGCAUGUUUGGCUACUAACGCUAUAAAGGCUAAAACGUCUCCUUAGGAGCAGAAUUUUUCCUUUCUGUGGUGGAAGUGCUGAGAUCUUUGGUGGCUUUAACUGACCCUCAGGAGGGGAAACUGACUCAGUCUCAAGAGAAAGCACUAAACUCGCUGGGCAUUUGGAAAACUGUAUUUGCAGCUGUUCUUGGGCCUACGUCAAAGACCUCAGUGGAGUGACAGCUCGAAGAUGGAAGACCAGGAGGCAGGUGAACCCUUUCUGGGGAUCGUGGCCGGUGGUGCCAGAGACUAUGAAGGAGUUCUGCCCUCAGACACGGUGUCGCUCAGCGAUUCUGAUUCUGAUGAUCUGGGGUUAGCGGGUGAAGCAGAAGUUGAUACAAUAUCUCCUGAGGAGCCAUCUGUAGAUGAUGGGGAUUACAGAUCAGGGGAGACCCCUGACUCUUCAAACAGCAGUCACAGAUCUCCAGUCCAGCCGUUCCAUCUGAGGGGCAUGAGUUCUACGUUCUCUCUCCGUAGCCAGAGCAUUUUUGAUUCCCUGGAAGAGGCGGCCAAGCUGUCUGUGCCCUCAAUGCCUGAAGAUAAUGUUGUUGAUGGGAGGUUUAAGCGUCCAUUGCCUCCAACCACAGUUUCAGGUAACAUGGUUCCAGAAAACGUGGGAAAGCAAGCCAGACCAGUGCUGGCUCCCAAAACCUCUCCUGCAGUGCCUGACUAUGUGGCACACCCAGAGCGCUGGACCAAAUACAGCCUAGAGGGAGUUUCAGAGUCUAGUGACAAGACUAACAGGGCAGUGGCCAUGGAAUUUCUAGAGGGUUUGAAGAAAAGAGGGGAGGAACAAAGUGCAGCUACCCAGGAUAGCUACACCCCGUACUUCAACCAGGACCCUUCCAGCUGCGGAGCUGGGAGGAUUGUCUUCACCAAACCAACUAAAAGAGGUGUUGAUGGACUUGAAAAGAAAAGAUCAGCAGGGGAGGAUCAUAAGAAACAGAUGAAGACAGAUCUGAAAGGAAAAUCUGUUAAGAAGACUGAUGACUUGAGGGAAGAAGAUAAGGUAGAGCUGGGGCACUUAGACAGUGACAGUGGAAAGGCAACAGAGGAGGAGGAGUGCAUGAUGGAAGGGGACCAGAAUACAGAAGAUAAGCUUAGUGCAAGGUUUAGUGGUGCAGCUGAAGAGCCAUCAGUGGAAACAGUUGGAUUCCACUGCAGUAAGAAAAAGAGUAGGAAAAAUUUCCGACCUAAAGUAGAUGACGAAGGGGAGGAGGAAGAGUCCUGAAGGAUGAAGCACAUUGGAGGCAUCCAAGGACUUGUAUUGUCUUGUUCAUAUUUUUCCCUUUCUUUUUUUCCUGUUCUGAAAACCACGUGAUAGCUUUUUGUCCAAUGAUUUGUGUCAUAGCCACCAAGAACAUGUUAUAUUGUUAGAAAUCAAGCUACCUAAAAUAAACUCCAGACUUUUUGUUCAGGAGAAAUCUGUGGGCGUAGGAUAGUUGCACCCUAGCAGGAGAGAAUAAGGUAUGAUUUGUUUGCUUUCACAGCUCCCUCGGGCUUGCUCUGGAGCUGAAGUAUCCAAAGAAAAAGAAGUGUUAGCAAAAAGGCUGCAAGGCUUCCUAGUAACUCCCAAUUUUAAGAGUUGUUCCUAAAUCCUGUGGAAUCCUGGAGAAAAGGUUAUGAGCUCAUUAUGUAGAGAUUUUUAAACAGUGAAAAUAAAACCUAGUCUUCCACAAGGUGUGGUUUCUCCUGACCCUGUCCCAGGGAAGAAAACCUUUUUCAAAAAGGUCCUUCUCUCAUUGCCAUUGAGAGUGAAAGCACAACAGUGCCCAAUUAUAUUAUGAUGAUAUGGUUAUCCUUGAUCUGCACAUUUGUAUGUCCUUUCCAGGAGGAGCUGCUUCCAUACUGAUUCUGUGUGUGGAUUGGGGUAUUUGUGGGAAUGAGAUAUUUAUACCAGAACUGGAUACUUUUUUGUUCUAUGUGAUGCAAUAAACUUCUGGUUGUAGCUUGA